AUGUGGAUUGAAUUAGGGAUUAAACAAAUCCCCAAUUUCUACUCGUGCUUACCUCUCUUCCGUCAAUUGCUCAUCGUCGUCAUGGCAAUGGUUGGUAAGCCAAAUAGCAUUCAUAACCUUGCAAAAAAAAGAUGUGAAGAUCUAAGUCAACGGGUGUCUAUUAUAUCUGCAUUUGGGAGGGGGCAAUCUGAUCAAUUUAAGCAUGAGUACUGGCUUCGCUUAACUGCUUCAAUUGAUGUAGUAAGACUUCUUGUGAAUCAAGGAUUUGCAUUUCGGGGUCAUGAUGAGUCUAAAUCAUCACUUAAUAGGGGUAAUUUUCUUGAAAUUCUCUCAUGGUAUGCGAAACACUGUGAUAAAAUUCAUGAUUAUGUAUUGGAACAUGCUCCUCAGAAUGACCGAAUGACCUCUCCAAUGAUUCAAAAAGAUAUUGUGACUGCAUGUAAGAUAGAGACCAUCAAAGCUAUCAUUGAGGAAUUAAAUGGUGACUACUUUGCCUUAUUAGUUGAUGAAUCUUUUGAUGUGUCACGUAAGGAGAAAAUGGCUGUUGUUUUACGAUAUGUUGAUCGAAAGGGAUUUGUGAUGGAACGAUUGAUUGAUAUUGUACAUGUUCAAGAUACUAGUGCUUUAUCUCUAAAGAGUGCAAUUGUCAAUUUACUUUCUCAAAAUUCACUGAGUCUAUCUUAUGUGCGGGGGCAAUGUUACGAUGGGGUAAGCAAUAUGCAAGGUGAGAUAAAAGGCCUUAAAAAGUUGAUAAGGCAAGAAAGUUUCUCAGCACAUUCUAUUCAUUGUUUUGCUCAUCAACUUCAACUAACUCUUGUUGCGGUUUCUAAAAAAUGUAUUCAAGUGGGGGAACUUGUAUUAUUAGUUUCAAACGUUUUGAAUGUGUUGGGGGCUUCUUUUAGGGGUAUGGAUGAAUUUCGAGAAUCUCAAAAAGAAAGAAUUCAAGAGGCAUUAGAUAUGGGUGAACUUACAACAGGUAGAGGCUUGCAUCAAGAACCACUACAACAAAUUCGAUUAUCAGGGACAAAUAAUUUCGUCACUUAUAAGUCAUAUUUCGUCACCAAAAAUCUUGUGUGA